AUACGGCAACGUCGCUGCUGACCGACGGACGAUCGGCCGACCAAUGGGAACUCGGGCGUCGGGCCAUUAUAACGUUGAUACCUAUGUCGGAUUUGUCCAGAGGCUAUAGGAGCACAGCUGCUGCCGCUUCAAAAGAAUAUCUUGCGACAAUUAAGGCGAUUCCCUCUUGUGAAAUGUUUUGUUUCUUAGGGCAUACGGGAUAGUUAACGUAUAAGUUGAGAAUUUUCUAGUUUGCCAGACGCCCUUUGGCUACUUUGACCUUAAUUUCGCUGCUCCUUAGGAUUUCACCCAUGAUACUAAACUCCCAAUCUUCCGACUCUUCAAAAAUGUCUGUAGCCGAGUUCCUCAGUGGCUUGCCUUCCAUCAAUGAAAACAAUUUUGCAAAUUUUCACACUGACAAUGGAAACAGAACCUGUGUCAAAAGACCAUCCGUUUAUCUUCCGACAAAAGACUAUCCUUCAGAACAAGUUAUUGUGACAGAGAAAACUACAAUAGUUUUGAGGUACCUCCACCAACGAUGGGACAAAAAGACAACUGAAAGAAAACGAGAGCUAAUGUCAGUCAAUGGAGAUCCACCAGAAGAACAACGUAGUAAAAGACCUAGGAUGGACCUCAACAAUACGUUAUAAGUAUUUCUAGUGAUUUCUAUACCUCUCUUAUUUUACAACCUUGGAUACGAAAGUGGUAGAAGAAGGUACAUUGUAUAAAUCAAAUGACGACGAUUUGUAUCCGUUGAAGGCAUUUUUUGAACGUUUUUGUACUUUACCUCAUUUUGCAUACUUCAAUUCGUGAAUCUUGUCCAAAACUAGUUUUGUUCUGGAAAUUGCUUUCUCAACUUUGUAAAAUAAUUAAGUUAUACUAAAUUCACACACCUGACGUUAUCUCUAUAAGUACAAAAAAUUGGAAGUUUAUUGCCUUCAUUUUACCUAAAGGCAGUUUGCAUGUUCGUUAAUCUAGGUAUAUGUAUAACUUUCAUCUCAUUGAGUUGAUAAUUGUGUACAUUAAUUUUUUAGAUAAAAGGUUAUGAAAAAUCUUUGUUGCUAAAUUGUGCUUACACUAUGCACUAUGUUUAUUCAGUAAUCAUUAGUACUUUAAUUGUAAAAAAAAGUUGAUAAGUGCACAAGUUUUCGCAGCAUUAAGAUUACGUAUGAGUUCGUUUAUUUCAGUCGAGAAUGGCAGAGUCAGUGUUAACAUUUACAGAUUUUUUCCAUGUAGAAAGAGAGGAACUCUUAUUCCGCUUACUAUAAUUGUAAUUACUUAAUCAUUAGUAUCAGUUUUUCUCAUAUAAGCGGUUGAACAGACGUCGUUUACAUUGUAUGCCACCUCCGGGAGGCCCGUUCAUACGUCACUGUCUGAAACACACACACACACACACAAACACACACAAAUGUUAUAUUUUUAAUGAAAACCAUACUUCUUAACUCCAGCUUGUAACGGCCGACAUGCAAUAUUACGAUGUAAUGCAUACCUAUUCAUUGUGGUAGGCGUCUCUUUCGUUUUGCUGGUAUUUUGUGAGACGAUGGCUGCUGGAAAAAUGAUUGAACUUUUAUUUAAGAUAAGAGUUUGCGUAAAUAAAUGUGAAUACGAACAAAUAGAGUAA